UAACAGUAAGUUCAGUUCAUCAGAGAGGCUAGCUGGAAAGACAGGCUAUCAGAAAGAGGCCCGAGCUUGACUAGUAGGACUGGAAUACGUAAACCUCGAACUCUGAGCCGGCCCGUGAGAAAUGGUUACCAGGCUGUUAAACUGAAUGUAUUUACGUCGAGAGAGACCGAAUCAUGGACGGUAAGAUACCGGUAAUGCUAAGUAACUGUGCGGGUGUACAGUACUGUCGGCCUGCCAGGAUCGCGAAUGUGGGGUGUGGAGACAUCCAAUGGAAAGGUGAGAGAGAACGGAGUCGGCAAAGGACGCGGACGUCCCCCGCCCGGCGUCUCGGGAGCAAGUCGCACAGGUCCCCGUCAAAGGACAGAGCCCGGUCCGCUCCUCCAAACGCCGACAGAUCGCGGAGUUGCAGCCCGGAGAGACCGUGGAAAGGCCCCGGGAUGUCCAGUAGGGUAGUGCGCAUGUACAUCAGAGGUCGACCAAUCACGAUGAUCGCUCCUAUGGAUGGCGGCGAGAUCAAAGAGAACCAAUCAACGCCCAAGAGAAGACUUGAACUUGACUGGGUCUAUGGUUACAACGGCAGGAGUUGUAGGGCCAACCUACGCCAAAUUGCGUCUGGCGAGGUUGUGUACUUCAUAGCCGCUGUAGCGGUGCUGUACAGUCCCACAGAGAAGACACAGAGGCACUACAUGGGCCAUACGGACGACAUCACGUGCCUUGAUAUUCACCCGGAUGGAGUGACUGUCGUCAGUGGGCAAGUGGGAGGACACCGGAGGGACAUGGAGCUGCCGCACUAUGCAAAGUUGGACCCCUACUUCAAUACCCAGUAUGACAGAGACAACUGGUACAAGUCUCGUGUGUGUAUCUGGGACUCCAGAACGUUGCACACAAUAACAGUCAUCGGCGCAGGACAGUUGGCGUUCGGCCCCCGUGCGGUUUCGUUUUCCAUUGCAGAUGGCGGUGCACAACUGGCGAUCGCAAAUGAGAAUGGUAGCGGCACCAUGCUUCGGCUCUGGGACUGGAAGAAAAAACACACGAUCGCAGAAGCCAAGGCAACAACAGACCCGCUCUUUUUAACCGCCUUUAACCCAAAGGACAACACUCAACUGGUCACAGCCGGAAAGGGUCACGUAACGUUCUGGACUUUGAAGAAAAACGGCCUUUUAUCAAGAAAAAACGGCAUAUUUGGGAAAUUGAAGCCCAAGUACGUCGAAUAUAUCGCCUUCCUAGAAAAUGGUGACGUCAUCACGGGAGACUCAAAAGGCAACAUAUUGAUAUUCAAGAAAGAUUCUAACCAGGCGGGGCGUACCAUUAUUGGUGCGCACAAAGAGGGGGUGACAGCACUGUAUGUGCGGAGGGACGGGACACUAAUGUCAGGGGGAGGUGACAAGAAAAUCGUCCUGUGGGACCUUGACCUCCAGAAGCCUCUGAAAAUCAGCAAGCUCCCGAAGAAGACAGGUAAAGUCAGAUCUAUCUGCGUACUUGAGAGUGGAAGCGGCACGGCUGACAGUAACAUCUUCGUAGGCACGACGGGCAACUGUCUGUGUGAGGGGAAGAUCGGAGAAGACUUCAGGCUGACAACUCAGGGCCACCACUCGGAGCUACUGAUCGUCGCCACCCACCCGUCACAACCCGUGUUCGUCACCACUGAUGACGUCAAUUGCGUCAUCUUGUGGAACGCUUCACUUCGACAAGUUGUUUGGCGAACCACGCUCAAAUAUCCCGCUCACUCAGCCGAUUUUCAUCCACACGGCCAACUCAUCGCAGUGGGCUCAACGUGUGGACGGUGGUUCGUGUUGGACGCCACCACAGGUGACGUCAUAAUCAAACGAAAACAUGCCAGUGAGCAACUGGACUGUCUCAAGUACUCGCCCAACGGGGAGCUCCUCGCAAUCGGGUCGCACGAUAACUGCAUCUAUGUUUACACCGUUAGCGACAACGGUCGGGCGUACCAGAAAAGAGGAACGUUACGAGGCCAUUCUAGUUACGUCACACACCUGGACUGGGACGUCGGCAGCCGGUUCCUCCAGAGUACAUCCGGGGACUACGAGCUGCUGUACUGGGACGUCACCGCAUUACGUCAUGUUAGCCACGCCUCCAGCAUGAGUGACGUCACGUGGGCCACGCAAACCUGCGUGUUUGGAUACAGCGUUUUUGGUAUGUGGCCUGAAGAUGCGGAUGGUACUGACAUUAACGCAUGCGCAGCUUCAAACGACCGUACCAUGCUGGCGUCAUCUGACGACUUCGGCAAAGUCAACCUCUACCGCUACCCGUGUUCCAGUCCUAUGUCUACAGGACAAAUCUACCCAGGACACAGCAGUCACGUGACGUGUGUGCGGUUCCUGUAUGACGACAGCUACCUGCUAUCAACAGGUGGUGCUGACUGUGCAGUCUUCCAGUGGAGGGUGGUGGGCAAGGGUGCAAAGCUUGAUAAAUCCGCCAGAGGACAGUCAUCAACAGAUAAGGUUGGGGGCAUUUCAAAGCUGACAUUCAUCAAUGACCUUCUUGAUGACACACCCAGAAACGGUGAAAAUCAGGAAGAAGCAUCUUCCGUCCGGGAAACCCUUCUUCACAGCCCUGACAAUGAGAAAAACUCUGCCAGGACAAGGCAAAGGAACAACAGCACAAAUGAAAGCCAUGCAAGUGCUCGUGAGCCAGAAGUCACACCUAAACUCCUGGCCAAUGACCAAGCAUUGAUAGAUUACAUUUUUGCCAUGAACUAACAGAGAAUUUCAGAGACAAUCCAAGAAAACAAAAGACGACAAGACAUUGUGAGACAUGAAUGUCAGAAACUGCUACCGGGGUAUUUGAUUGCAAAGAGAACUCAGGGACUUAAUUAAAUGGUGCUAUUUUACUGUAAUUUCAAACGAGAGGAAAAUUUCCUGAAUCGUCGUCAAAAUGUAAAAUGCUAUGUUUACCUUUCAAACGAACAUCCUAUGGGAUAUAUAAUGUGGUAGCACUUUAAACUGGUAUAUGAAUCUUCUAUAGAUCUCAAGGCUUCUUACCUGUACAUUUGGGAUUUUUCAGUAUAUCAAAUAGGGCAAGAAUGUAAAUGAAUGUGAGACUUCAGCUAUCAGCCUGCUA